CGCAUCGCGCCAAGAAACCCGACGUCGACCGGCGCCGAAUCGCGUUCGAUCGCUCGAACUGGGUCUCCGGUCCACCCUCGUCUCGGUCCCGUCCCGCUUCGUGCGGUACUCGUAGCGACUGUAAUCGAGUAACCGGCAACCGGCUAUCUGGAUGAUUACGAGGCGUUAUCGCGGUGGAGAACGCUCGUAAAAACGCAGCGGUGCUCCGUGACAUCGGAAGCGACGCGGCUCGAAUGUGUCGUGUAGGCGGCAUUCGAGAUACGCGCCGAGUAUUGAGCUGGUUUGGUGACCGGCUCUCUGAUAAAGUGGACCUUUCUACGCGUACGUGUUUGCGGAUGUCGGGGUCGGGUCUGGGUUUCCACGGUUCCAUCGACGAACUCCGAACGACUCCUUCGGCGGAGUUGAUAUUUUAAUCAAUAGGUCGUGAAUGAAGAGUCAUCUCUAGCUACGUUACCUUCGCAUGAAUUAUUGUACGAUCGGAUUCACGUUGCGUUUUAAAUACACUGCUGUGUUGCAAAUAAUUGGACAAUCAGGACUUGUCAACCAACUCUUCGCUUUUGAUUAUCGUAAUGCCGCCAAUUGUUGGUUGAUAAUAAUGAUGGGGACUUUGAUUUAAAUUAACGUCUUGUUAGAGCAAUAUAAAGUGUUAAGGAAUUAUAGCAGACGACUCGACAAAAGUUUAAACCAUUGGUUGAAGGAAACUGAUUUACGACUGUAUUGCGAUUGAAUUUAGCUAUUGCGUGCUAAGAUGUCGAUUUAUGGUAGUCUGAGUAUUUAGAAAGCAACUUGUAAAGACAAUUCUGGUGAUUUAUCUCGUUUAAGAGCUAUCAUUUUAUCAACGUAAAUGAAAGGCACUUGGCGUAUUAGCUCGUUAGAUCUAUGGAUUCAUAGAUAAGAUAGUCGGAGCACCUAUCGAAUGAUAAAUCCAUUCAGUCACACACGUGUGUAUCUGGUUGCCGUUCGUAGGUUUCUGUUCUUCCUCUAGAUGGCAGUAGUCGCUUUAAUUGUAUACAAUUAUACAUUAGAAGUUGCAAAUAUAGAACGAGUAAUUUAGCGUAAAUUUUUACUUGUGAGGCGAUGGCCAUUUGUUGUGCCCUUAGACAUGCCCAAUCAACGGAAGUCAAAACGAUUUCGGUUUUUUCAGAUUCUCUUAGCGUGUUACAAGCAAUUUUAUCGUUUAAUCUUUUAAGUAAUAGAUCUUAUUUAAUUAGAGAAAUAAUUAAUUUAGUACAAAAUCUGUUACAAAAUGGCAGACAGGUCACAAUUUACUGGAUACCUGCUCAUGUCGGCAUACAGUAUAACGAACUAGCGGACACGUUGGCGAAGAAUGCAAUUAGAACGGGUACAGAUACCGACUUGCUUAUACCAGCACAAGAUAUAAAAGCGCAUUGGAAAGAAAAAAUGUUCUCUGACCUUGAUAAUUAUGUUAGAAGGGAAGAUAGGAGUAAGGGGAUGAAAUACUGUGAUAUGUUUUAUAGUAAUACCAGAAAACCGUGGUUUCACGAUGUACACUUAGAUAGAAGACAAAUAGUUAUAAUCAAUAGGCUGCGUUCCGGACAUACUUCUCUAAAUCAAAGCUUAUUUAAUCACCACAUAGUUGAUUCUCCGUUAUGUUUGUGUAAUGUUUACAAUCAAACAGCGAAUCAUGUUUGUUGGCAAUGUUUUCUAUUCGAUGAUGAAAGACAACAGCUCCUCAGGGAGUUAAAGAGGCGAACGAUUAAAAUCGCAGUCUAAUAAUGAGACUUAUGCAAAGGAAUUUAUAAGUAAUGAUAUGGUUGUGUACUGAAUGAGUUUUGUAUUCUUCGAUAAUCUUUGAAUUUCAUAGUUAUUGAGGUGGUUAUUGUUAUACAACAUAUGUGCGAGAGGUUAAGAGUUCAUAUCACUCAUGUCUUUCUUAAGAGUUUAAGAAAUGUUUUUGUUUUUUUUUUAUUUGUAAAGAGCGGGCAAUAUGGGCUAGUUUCCAGCGCCAUAUGUAUUUAUAUUUUGUUUUAAUAAAAAAAAAACAAUUAUAUAUAUAGAAUAAAAUUUAUAGAGUAGUAACAUUAAUAUUUAUAACUAGCAUUCAUAUAGUAAUUUGUGACUGUAUUAUCAGAAUUUAUCAUAAAUCUGAAGAAUAUUUAUUCUUUUAAAAUUAUACAUUGGCGGAGUAAAGGAUGAAAUUGUACAAGUAAUAAUGUUUUUUACGCAUUUUCAUGUGCCCAUUUUUUAAUAUAUUUUACAGUUAUAAUAAGAAUUGCUUCAUAGAGGCAUUUCAUAAAUAUAUAUUUUUCACAUAUAAAAUAAUAGCUGUAUCCAAGUAUAAUGAUAAGAGGAAAAUUUGUGGGAAAGCGAGCAAGAAAAAGUAGAAAAUGGAUUUAGAAUCAAGACAUAUUUGCAUGUAAGACAUUUAGUUUUAUUAUAUAAUUACGAAAGAAAAUGACAAAUUAUACGCACAAUGAGAAAUACGUAUGCGUAGCGACGUUGUAAAUUCUAAAAUUACAAAGUUUCAAAUCAUGCUAUUUUAUUACAUUAUUAAGAGAUACGUUGCCCGCAUGAAAUAAAAUAGAGCAAAUAGUUGCAAUUUUGUCCGUCAAUCAGUCUGUCAACAGAUGAGAAAAAUUAAAUGUCGCACCAUGAA